AUGGUGAGAAAAUUAAGAGAGACUGGAUUUGCUAUUCCCCAUCAACUGGUAAGGUUUUCUGCGCCCAUUGUAAAUUAUUUAAUUCAAAAAUGUGGAAUUGGAGCAUCUGCUUUGAUGUCAUCAGGAUAUGAUGAUUGGAAACACGCUGCAAGAGACUUAGCUCGUCAUGAAACAAGUGAAACCCUCAUUCAAUCAAUUGAAACCCUUUUAACACGUAGGAAAGCUGGAGAGCACAUUAAUAAGAGGCUCACAGAGCAAUUUGAAUCAGAGAAAAAGUACUGGAAUGACAUUCUGUUGCGUAUUCUUACCGUAAUCAAAAUGUUAGCAUCGCGUGGGUUGUCAUUCCGUGGCAGUAACGAAAUUGUGGGUUCUGUCCACAAUGGCAAUUAUUUAGGUUGCUUAGAGCUAGUGGCUGAGUUUGACCCAUUGCUUGCAGAACAUAUUCAGAAAAGAGCGAACAAAGGCCGAGGUCAUGUGUCAUAUCUGUCAUCAACUAUAUGUGAUGAAUUUAUUCAUGUGUUAAGUCGUGACGUUUUGGACCACAUUUUAACUGAAAUUAAAGAAGCAAAAUACUUUGCAGUUAGUGUUGACUCAACACCAGAUAUUUCACAUGUAGAUCAGCUUACCAUUAUAUUCCGUUACAUGACUUCUAAAGGACCAGUUGAACGUUUUGUGACAUUUAUCCCUAUAGAAGAGCACACUGGGGAAGGAUUAGCAACAAAGUCACUUGAUUUUAUGGAAAAUACUGGCAUUUCAAUUAAAGACUGCCGAGGUCAAUCCUACGAUAAUGCUGCCAACAUGAGUGGCCGUUUCAAUGGCAUGCAAGCAAAAAUAAAAGAACAUAAUAACUUAGCUGAAUACACACCAUGUUGUGCUCAAUCGAUUAACCUUGUUGGUCAAUGUGCUGUAGGAUGUUGUUCUAAGGCUGUAACGUUUUUUGACUUUGUAAAUAAGCUGUUUGUAUUUUUUUCUGCCUCCACCUCUCGUUGGAAUCGUUUGAUGGCAGUUUUAAAGCCACUUAAUAUGCCUACCUUAAAAAGGUUAUCUGAUACCAGAUGGUCAGCACAUUAUGAUGCUGUACACUCCCUCCAGGUUGGCUAUACGCAAGUGAAGUCUACACUGGCUAUCAUGUGUCAAGAUAUGUCUCAAAAGCCAAAAACACGACUUGAAUUUUUUCAUUUAAAUAUCAAUAUUAUUGGUAUUUUCUUCCUUUAUUGGAGGUGA